AAGGCUAGGUUCGAUGAACAUGCCCCUCGUACUGGUUGGCCUGAUGCUGUCCUUGCCCGCGAAUUCCGUGAUGGUCUCUCUGAACGUGUCAAGGACGUUAUGAUCAAUCUGACGUACAACAAGGAGAGCUUGGACGACGUCUACCGUGCGGCACAGACAGCUGGUGAACGUAUCCGUGAACGUGAUCAGGAGAAGUCAGGCAAGAGUAGGCACUCCGCCGUCUCCUCGAUCCCGGCUCCAGACGCAAUGGACAUUGACGCUACUCGGGUGACCAAGGUACAGGCCCCGGCUAAAAACGCUGGUCCUAAUGGCAAGACGUAUGACGACUUCAAGCGGGCUAUGAUCAACAAGUGCCACAAGUGCGGAUCUUCGGAGCAUGUCGCUAAGAAUGGCAACCAUGAGCGCGACAUCUGCUACCACUGCAAGAAGAACGGUCACAAGAGCACGGCUUAUAUGCGCAAGUUUAUGGGUUUCCCAGCUACGCAGCAGGUUAAUGCCAAU